GUCAGAAGAAUUAUUUUCAGACAAGAUCCCUUCUUGAGAACAAAACGCAACAGAUUUGAGAUGAAAUUUUCCUGGGGAAACGGCCAGGAAUUCCGGCAUCUGCUGCUCUCGCUUCUGCUCCUCACAUCCUGGGAGGCAGGGAGCGGCCAGCUCCACUACUCGGUCCCCGAGGAGGCCAAACACGGCACGUUCGUGGGUCGCAUCGCCCAGGACCUGGGGCUGGAGCUGGCGGAGCUGGUGCCGCGCCUGUUCCGGGUGGCGUCCAAGGACCGCGCGGACCUGCUGGAGGUAAACCUGCAGAAUGGCAUUUUGUUUGUGAAUUCUCGGAUCGACCGCGAGGAGCUGUGCGGGCGGAGGGCGGAGUGCAGCCUCCACCUGGAGGUGAUCGUGGACCGGCCGCUGCAGGUUUUUCAUGUGGAAGUGGAGGUGAAGGACAUUAAUGACAAUUCGCCUGUAUUCCCUGCUACACAAAAGAACCUAUUUAUGGCGGAAUCCAAACCGCUUGACUCUAGAUUUCCACUAGAGGGCGCCUCGGAUGCGGAUAUAGGGCAGAACGCGCUGCUGACUUACACCCUGAGCCCCAAUGAGUAUUUCUCACUGGAAAUGCCUUCCGUGGAUAAGCGGACAAAGCGUCUUGGGCUGGUAUUAAAGAAACCUUUAGACAGAGAAGAAUCCCCAGAACUUCAUUUAGUGCUCACAGCUACUGAUGGCGGAAAACCUGAGCUGACUGGCACCGUUCAGUUACACAUAAAGGUACUAGAUGCCAAUGAUAACGCCCCAGUUUUUGACAAAACAAUCUAUGCAGUAAAAUUACCAGAAAAUGUUCCUAAUGGAACAUUGGUAACUAAGCUCAAUGCUUCUGAUGCAGAUGAAGGCUCAAAUGGAAACAUUAUUUAUUUAUUCUCAGCGGAUACUACACCAAAUGUGAAAUCCAAGUUUCAUGUAGAUCCAAUUAGUGGAGAAAUUGUGGUAAAGGGAUAUAUUGAUUAUGAAGAAAGCAAAUCGUAUGAAAUUCCGGUAGACGCCAGUGAUAAGGGCCAGCCCCCACUUUCUGGCCAUUGUACAGUAAUGGUGGAAAUUGAGGACAGCAAUGAUAAUGUUCCAGUAAUGGAAUUCAAGUCUCUGUCUCUCCCAAUCAGAGAGGAUGCUCCACUGGGCACCGUCAUUGCCCUGAUCAGUGUGUCGGACCAAGACUCAGGAACUAAUGGGGAGGUAACCUGCACCCUGUAUACCCAUGUUCCUUUCAAGUUGGUUUCCACCUUCAAGAACUACUAUUCCUUGGUGCUGGACAGCGCACUGGACCGCGAGAGCGUGUCCAGCUACCAGGUAGUGGUGACCGCGCGCGACGGGGGCUCGCCCCCACUGUGGGCCACGGCCAGCGUGUCUGUGGAGGUGUCUGACGUGAACGACAACGCACCCGCAUUCGCGCAGCCCGAGUACACGGUGUUCGUGAAGGAGAACAACGCGCCUGGCUGCCACAUCUUCACGGUGUCCGCGCGCGACGCCGACGCGCAGGAGAACGCGCGCGUGUCGUACUCGCUGGUGGAGCGGCGCGUGGGCGAGCGGCUGCUGUCGAGCUACGUGUCGGUGCACGCGGAGAGCGGCAAGGUGUUCGCGCUGCAGCCCCUGGACCACGAGGAGCUGGAGCUGCUGCGCUUCCAGGUGAGCGCGCGCGACGCGGGCGUGCCGCCGCUGGGCAGCAACGUGACGCUGCAGGUGUUCGUGCUGGACGACAACGACAACGCGCCCGCGCUGCUGCCCACGGGCGCGGGCGUGCUGGGGGCCGCGCGCAGCGAGCUGGUGGCGCGCUCGGUGGGCGCGGGCCACGUGGUGGCGAAGGUGCGCGCCGUGGACGCCGACUCGGGCUACAACGCGUGGCUGUCGUACGAGCUGGCGCCGGCGGCGGGCGGCGCGCGCAGCCCGUUCCGCGUGGGGCUGUACACGGGCGAGAUCAGCACGACGCGCGGCCUGGACGAGGCGGACGCGGCGCGCCAGCGCCUGCUGGUGCUGGUGAAGGACCACGGCGAGCCGGCGCUCACGGCCACGGCCACCAUGCUGCUGUCGCUGGUGGAGAGCGGCCAGGCGCCCAAGGCGUCGUCGCGGGCGGCGUUGGCGGGCGCGGCGGCGGCGGGCGGCGGCGCGGCGCUGGUGGACGUGAACGUGUACCUGAUCGUGGCCAUCUGCGCCGUGUCCAGCCUGCUGGUGCUCACGCUGCUGCUGUACACGGCGCUGCGCUGCUCGUCGCCGGCCCGCGAGGAGGCGUGCGCGGCGGGGAAGCCCGCGCUGGUGCUGCCGAGCGCGGUGGGGAGCUGGUCGCACUCGCAGCAGAGGCGGCAGAGGGUGUGCUCGGGGGAGGGGCCGCCCAAGACAGACCUCAUGGCCUUCAGCCCUUGUGUACCUGACUCAAGAGAUGGAGAACUGCAACCUGCAGAUGGGGAUUCCGUUUCAAAGGUUAGUUUGCAUUAUCGUUUAUUCACUCUGAAUUCUUGA